GCCCUGUAUGCGACCAGGGCUCCACCUUUCAAGCGUGCCUGAAUCUUUUUAAAGAUGACGUAAGGAGAGAACAGGAACAGCAGAGGCUGUUAGAUAACCAAGUCAAAAUUAAUGGGCACACAUUGCACAUCAUUUUUGACCCUCCUCACCUAAUUAAAGGAAUCCGAAACAACUUUUUAAAUAAAGACUUGAUAUUUCGAGGACAACUGGCCAAAUGGAAUGAUAUUAUUGAAAUCUACAAGGCGGACUGCGAGGUUGGAGACAUCCGGAUGCUGCACAAGUUGACCGACGAGCACGUGAUUCCAGAGAAGAUCAAGAAGAUGAAGGUGAAGAACUGCAAAGUAUUGAGUGAAAAAACUGCUGCAAUGCUAAGAUACAGCUCCAAAGGAAACCACGCGGACGGGACGCCAGCAAGCAGUACCAUGGGGACUACGUCGGAGGCUGUGCUGUUCUUCGACAGGUUUGACAGCGUCAACGGCUCUCGCGGAAACUCCGCUCCUGGCAAGAUGCGGGGACCGGUAAAAGAGGUUGAGGGUGUAUCAAAACAUGUCGAAUUUUGGCAGGAGGCAAUUCGAACUUUAAACAAUAUUUAUUUUGUUGAGCCUAAUACGAACAACAAAAAAUAUGUACCGAGCUUAAAGAAUUGGAUCAUCACCCUGAAAAGUUUUAUUUCAAUUUGGUUUGAAAUUAAACUGGAAGGGGUGCAUUUAUUUUAUCCUCGAAAUUUAAACCAAGAUCCACUCGAGAAUUUUUUUGGUCGUAUAAGAGCUUUAAAUCACAGAAGCAACAGUCCCAGUCCCUACAUUUUUCAAACUUCAUUUAAAUCUUUGUUAAUUACAAACCUUUUGGGCCCUCAGUCUCGCAAUACUAAUUGUGAAUCAGAUUUAGGAGAAACCCUUGUCGACGGUUUUUUUUAAUGGAUAAUAAUACUCCCGAACCCGAAAGGGUUCUUAUUUCAGACGGCCCCUCUACGAGCACUCCAGUCUCGACUCCCCACGAACUUGCUGAACCAGGGGAAGCGAUUCCAUUGCUUCAGCAAGUUCGCACAGAAAAGCUGAACGUUCAUUCGUCAGCUUUUACAGCCGGCUAUGUAGCUAGAAGACUAAAAACUAUUUUUAAAUGCCAGGCCUGCAAUGACACAUUAGUGACUAAAGAAAUUUCUCUAAUCCACUCAUGGAUUAAGUACCCACAGAGAGCGUAGUUUGUUGAAAGGCAAAAGCCUUCAAUAUCCUACUCCAAAAUUUGUACAAAUCUUUCGCGAUUUAGUGAAACAUAUCAAUAGUUAUUUGGAUCUUUUUGCACACA